GGCGCGCUCUUUUUAUUCAAGAGCUCGCCUCUGAGCAGUGUGCACGUACGACGUGUUCCGGCCUGUUUGUGUUGUUUGUGUUUGGACAGGUGACACUACUUCAUUCCCAGUGAGACUCGCGGGAACCACGCACACCUUUUCCCCUGGAAACCUCUGGAAGCUGACACGGACUAUAGGGAUCGAAUGCUGAUUAGGCAACAUAUGAAGCGUUCUUCGCCCUGCUUGUGAUCCUUUGAAGUUUCAGCGAGGUCGAGUGACGAUGCGAACCUGCUGAAGAGACCGGUGCAACAUGGGCAACUCGCACUCGGCGCAGCACAACCUGCACCAGCACCACCCGCACGACCCUCGCAACUACCGGCCGUACCACCACCAUGGCGAGAUCGCCUACCCGCCCGAGGACCCCCGCUGGAGCAUGCACUCGUUCCCGCGGGACAUGCACCGCCGGGGCCCACCGCCCCACGGGCCGAUGCGCGGCCCCGAGAUGAUGCCCGAGAACAAGGUGCUGCCCAAGGUGUUGGGGCCGCCGCCCAAACUCAGGUCCACAAACAACGGGGCCAUCCUCCACCAGGGCGGAACCAUCAGCGGCCGAAAACUGGCGCAGGGACAGAACGUGGCCCCAGUGAAGGCUUACAAGGCCAAAGUGGACCGAAGCUCACCCAACAGCAGACUAAGUGCGAACAGAUUUGGAGGCAGCGAGCCGGAUUUGAGAGCACCCUCGAAUUUUCGAGCACCCCCGGCGCCGCUGAUGGUGGUCAAUCACCAGAAGGCGGCCGUUAGGAUAAGUGCUAACGCGGCGGCAGCCGCGGCAAACAAGAAAAAGUACAAAGCACCUCCACCGCCUCCGAAACAGGAUUCAGAGUCGCCCAGUGACACAAGCGGCUGGGAAGAUACGGGUUCAGCAGCACCGAAGAAGACGCGACUGUUCAAAACACGAACGCAGACGUCGGGCAACAGUCCCGCACCGUCCAACGAUGCGCGAAAGCCAGAAGAGAGCAAACCGCGGGCGCCAAUCAAUGCGGCGGCGGCCGCGUUUUUGGCCAAGAAGAGCGUAUCGUCGCCGGAAUUUCAGCAGGAGCUGGUGAAGGCAGCCCAGCUGAAGCACAAAGAGCGGCAGGCCAAGCAGCACCAGGCGCCAGAGGCCCAAAAGGCAGCGCCGGCCUCGCAACCGCAAAACAAAGGGUCACCCACACCUACUGGCCCCAGACACGCACCAGUUGGCCGGGAAUCGUCCAACGACCAUCGCGAAGUCAAAGAAAACCACAGGCCGAGCAGAGCGAGGUCCCCGCUGCUCGAUCAAAGUGCCAAAAAACAGCCGCCGGUGACAGCCCAGCCACCGAAAACUUUCUACUUCGGAAUGGACGUGGGCGGAGGGGUGGCUGCCGCGGACGAGGAUGAAGUCGACAGGUUUGCGGCCAGACUGAGAAACCCCAAGUUGAGGCGGAAGAGAUCGUCUUCAGGAUCCGGUGGCAGCUAUACGGAGGACGAGAUUCCGAAUCAUGAUGGAGAUAUUAACCUACAGUUACGACCUGUCCUCCCCAAAAAGACACCAGACAUCCCCCGAUUCUCCCCCACGGCCGCCUGGCGCCAGCUUUUAGUCGGCGACCUGCCUGACGACCCUGAAGACGACCCUCGCGGCAGACGAAGGAAUCGCUCGGUAUCGCCCAUCCUGCGCGAGACGAGUGGCACCGCCGCCCUCCUGGAAGAGCGGAUCGUACAGUGUUACUCGCAAAGAGCGCCUCUCUUGGUCAGGGGCAGCGUGGCUACGCAGGAGAAGUCGGGAGACUCAGGAAUUUCCGGAGACGCCAGCCCAGGUCCCGGACAAAACAUGCUUGACUCUCCAGAUCCGGCGCCGGCUGCACCAUCCAGACUGCGCAAGCAUCACUCGCCGGUUGCCAGGCAGUGGACACCGGAGCAGGACUUGGAUGACUCAAGCUCUGACGAUGACCAGAUUAAGGCUACCGCCAGAGCGUCGCAGGCGAGAAGGGCCAUCUCUGAGGAGAGACCUGCAGAGGUGAUAUCCAAGAGUGAAAGGGGCAGGUCGAGUGGCAGGGUUACGCCACCAAAGUUUACCAGAAGGUCGCACAUGUUCUCUUUGUCACUGCCCAGGCCAGAUCAGCUUCAAAUAGCGGCUCAAAAGGGACCGGAUGAUAUCGACUCCCCAUUGGAAAGUCCAAAUGAGAACCUCGCCACCUUCCACAGUCUGAAAAAGUUCAAAAAAUCUGUAUCCGGUGCUCUCGGUUCUGCGUUCCAAAUGAAAUACAACUCGCAGCAGCAGCUAUCCUUGGACGAAAACUGGUACCUGAGUCGGAGCGCCCCAAAUUCACUAGAUAGCACAGGUGACGGACCUGGCUGGCAGAAAACGCCUAUUCAGUCAGACGAAGGUGUUUGCUGGAACUCACCAAACGAGUCAAGCAGCCCUGAACAGUUUGAGGAGGUCGAAGAAGUCGAGGAAGUCAUUAAGCUGGGCAAGAAACCGCUUUCCCACAUCGCCUCAGGAAGCCACAUAAUGUAUCUGCCGGAGUACGACUCCAGAAGGUGCAUGAUGCCCAGGAUGAAAUCGAAGCAGCUGCACGCGGGUCAAAGGUCGCUGAGUGUGGACGUGCUGACGCAGCUGAACAAUCAGGAGAAGGAGGGAAGUGCCAGGAACAACAACAGUUUGCUCAUCAUCAAGAACAACAUAAACGAGAGGCCGCAGGAGAUGCGGGAGUUACGACCUGAGUCACCCUGGGAGGUCCCUCACCAAGGAAACGCACAGGACGAUGAGGAGCAAGCGCUGAAGGCCAUCAAAUCAAAACUGUCCGGCAAAGCUGGCAAGAAAUUCACGUUCCAGUCAACCAUCAGGCAGAUCGAGAGGCGAAGGGUGGCGGACCGACUGUCCAAGGAGGCCGAGAUGCGGGAGAAGCAGAGGAGGCAGGAGGCGGAGGCCAUGAAGAGGGUGGAGGAAGAGUUCCAACGCAAACGAGCCAGGGAGAAAGCCAACCUGAAGGAGCAGCUCAGGCUGUACAGUCUUCAGGACAGCGAGGGUCCGCAGUCGCUGCCGGUCAUGGCCCUCGAGGAGCCAAGGAUUGUUUCAAGGUCAAAAACGCGCACUGAGCCGGAAGGGCAGGCUGCCGCGAAGGUGCAGAAAAAGUCCAUCUACAAACAGAUCGCCCAGAGCAUCCAGGAGGAGGACCAGCCGGGCAAGCAUGCCAAGCAGGCCGAGCCCAGAGAAUACAAAGACUACAUUGCGAAUCCAGCCAAAAUUAAUAGCAGAUUCCCGAGUGGCGAACGCGCUUCUCCCUCUCCGUCCAGCAGCAGUGCCAGCAGCAACACGCGUAGAAAUGUGACCCACCCAGCCAUUAUUUGUGAUAUUCCCAAAACCUCCCAAGCCUACCUAGGCCCAAUUUUCGCAGAGAGCGAUUUGAAAAUCGUGCCCGAGGCGCAUAAUUACCGGCGCGAAUUCGCGAAAGGCGCAGUGAACGGCGGCCCCUCGGCGUCUUCCAAGGUGCCUCGAGCUCGGCUGUCGCCGUCUCCGUCGCCGUCCCCCAAGGAGCAGCAGGACGGUGGUGCCUCUCGCGGCCACUCGCAGUACAACGGCUUCACCUCUCUGCCGCCUCAACAGUCUCCCGGCAGCUCGUCAUCGAGUAGCACUUCGAAGUUGUCCAGCAGCAAAGUGCCCGCGCUCCAACCCUUCAGCGCGGCGAAGACGAAAGGUUUCCGCCCCAUCGGCUUCAAAGCCCCGUCGUCGAGUGCGUCUCCCACGGCCAACACCAAGCCGAAAGUCAUGCAGGCAGUCAACUAGAUAGAUAGUGCCGCUUUUAUAUUUGCAUUAGGGACCACCUGAUUUGUGGACGCUGCUAAUUUCUCUGUGAGACAAGUUGGUCUACCGCCGACGUGGCAAUUUGCACCCUGCUAACUAAGAAGGCGGGCGGGAUUGUAAAGUUUCUCUAGUAUGUUUGUGUAGCUGCUGCUUUUGAUUAAUGCGCCGAGUUAAUCAAAAUGUUGUGUAUAAUUCAGCGGAACAAGUUUUGCACUGUAAAUAUACGGAUUAAUAUGCAUAUAUACAUAAAAUAUAAAAUCAUUGCGCUGCAUCGCCUUGUAAAUGUAUACAGCAAUUUGUACCCGCAGCGUUAAUUUGCUCAGCGAAUUUGAUGAUGUUAUCCUGUACGUUUGGUAUGCACAUUGUUAUCGAUGCAGCAUAGCCGCCAAAGUGGCUAAUUCAAUUUAACUUGGCUCUAUCUGGCACCGGGGCUGGCAUAAAGAUAAUUUUACGAGAUGAACGGUGAGAUUCACUGCUGCGUAUUAUACGUACGUCAUAAAAUGAAAUUCUCCUCCCGCGCUCUCAUCUACUUGAACAUACCAGAAAUCUGCAUAAUCUAUUGUAAUAUCACCGUAAUGGACUUUUAAUGCGAUUUGCUCAAUACAAAGUAAAAUAUAGAUGUAACAGCAGAGUUCAUAAUAAUCAGACACACACGCAUAUACCCAUUAAUUAUUACUCUCUGAUCGCACACAAAUGUACAUUCAUCUAUUAUUAACUCAACGAAUCAAACGAUGAAACAGCCGCAGUCUAUAUCGAUGUAUUACUUAACGGAACCCCAAACCUCGUGAUAAUAGUCAAGACAUCUUUGCUUUAGUUAUAUGCCAGAUUUUAUAUAGCAUUAUUAUACCAUGUGGUUAUCAUGAUUUUAUCAAGUGCUCCAUUUAAACACAAAUUUUCACAUUUUAUAGGAUGUGUUGGAAGUCGAUAAACAUACAUUAUUAUAUGGAGGUAGUUCAACGUUACUAACCAAGUGGAAUGUGAUUUGUACUCUAAAUAAUGUUGCUAUACUCAAAGUUGCAGAUGACAAUAAAGAAAUAAAUUUUAAAUAAAA